AUGGCGUCAGCUCCAAUGAAUGCUUUAGCCAGCUUUAUGUACCUCACCGACAUGCUUCCCACUUGGAUUACCCAGAUCAACACCCUCGGCACGCAUGUCGUUACCAAGCGGGAGGAAUUCUCUGCUGAAUACAAAAGAGCAUUGGAGCAUGCCAGGCCGAGGAGGAAGAAGACACCAUCCGUAACCUCCCUACAGACAAACCAGAAGCCGGUAUCGAUAAGGUCUCAAAAGAGCAAUACAAAUGCUCAGGACAUGCUGUCCAUCCCUCGAGCAAGCGAGAUCUCACCGCUCGAUCCUGAAAGUAAAUAUCUCUUCGCCAACGCUCGCCGAGGCAAACGCAAACAAGGCGCCUCCUUCCGCUCCGGCGCAUCAGGCCCACAAGCAUUCCGAAACCAGCACCAGGUCAUCAUCUACUAUGAUUCCGUCUUACAAGACGGCUUCGAAGCCCUCGUGAAGGAGAUUGGGACCGCGAGAAACAACGUCCGGAAAGGCAGGCAGGCACGAGAAUUGGAACGCGGCUUACGACUGCCUUCCUUCGGCAUGGGAAACUACACCCGGACACAACGAGGGCCAGUCAUGCCGAGUCCACCCAAGUCUCGCUCGCCCACGGAUCUAACGGUCGACCCGAAGAUCCUUCUCAACGAUGCACCACCUAAUGAGGAUGCAUCCUUCACAGAAGUGGCCAAUCAGCUUGAAGCAGCCCAAGCUCUAUGCGAAACAGCUGCUCAUCAGUUCCUUAGGGAUGGAGACUGCACGCUUGAGAUCGACCGAAUACGAUCAUAUCUCGAGAAUGUGUUGCAAGUCGCCAAGCGGCAGAUCGAGGCCUGGGAACAAGAGGAGGACGGUGCUAGGACAGAAGGCAAGGAGGCAGCGGCACUAGUGAAGAAGGAGAACCACGACGUGGCCACCGUUGUUGCAGAAAAGCUUGGUGUAAAUAUCACGCCGAUGGUUAAUACGGUGACCCAAACUACAGAGAUAGAGGUGGAUUCAGACGACAACAGUGUUGAGGAGGAUAUAGUUGUUGAUAUUACGAAAUUCCGAUCUGCAAGGGCAAGUGGAAUCAGGGCUUGA